AUGGCCUAUAACUCACCAAAUCCCAUCCCAUUUUCGGAGCCGCCUUACAUUCGAGGCCUCCCUUCCCCCUAUAUAACGCCUGCCCACCGCCGCUUCCAACAAGCAUGCCGUAAAUUUGCCACAGAGAACUUGAUUCAGCACGCGUUGGAGUGGGAGCGUGAGGGAACGGUCCCUGAGCAUGUCUUCCACACUUUCUGCAAGCAUAAUAUGCUGUUGCCAAACAUGCCGAGCCCAUUACCUGUGGAUUUGCUGAAGCGCCUAGGAAUCAACGACAUCCUGGGGGUCAAAGUUGAAGACUGGGACUACAUCUACACCGGAAUUUACUGUGAUGAGAUGGCCCGUUCGGGUCUCAGUGGCCCCGCUGGCUCUCUAAAUACCGGGUUCGGUUUUGGAAUUCCACCAAUCUACGUAUUUGGCAGUGCCGAGUUGCAAGCGCGGUUCUUGCCCAAGAUGCUCACAGGUAAGAAGCGGAGUUGUAUUGCCAUAACGGAGCCCGGGGCUGGCAGUGAUGUCGCGAACAUCGCUACAACUGCUGUCAAGAGUGCCGAUGGUCAGCACUAUAUCGUCAACGGAUCAAAGAAAUGGAUCACGAAUGGUAUUUGGUCGGACUAUGCCACCAUGGCCGUGCGAACCGGUGGACCAGGAGCCGCGGGCCUUUCCGUUUUGAUUGUGCCUCUUAAGGGACACCCCGGUGUCGCGAUGCACCGACUCAAAGUCUCGGGUCAGAUCACUGGCGGGGCCUCAUUUAUUGAACUUGACGACGUCAAGGUUCCUGUGUCGAAUAUUGUUGGCAAAGAAGGCGACGGCAUGCGUAUCAUCAUGACCAACUUCAACCAUGAACGAAUUUGUAUUGCUGUUGGAGUCACUCGCCAGGCUCGUGUGGCCCUUUCUACUGCUUUCUCGUAUUGUCUCAAGCGCGAGGCUUUUGGAAAGACGCUCAUGGAUCAACCUGUAGUCCGCCACCGUCUUGCCAAGGCAGGCGCUGAGCUUGAAUCCAUGUGGGCGUGGGUUGAGCAGAUCUUGUAUCAGUUGACUCAUCUCAGCAAAGAGGAAGCUUAUCGUCAACUUGGUGGCUUAACAGCAUUAGCUAAAGCAAAGUCUGGUAUGGUUCUGAACGAGUGUGCCCAGACAGCUGUGUUAUUAUUCGGAGGAAGUGGAUAUACCAAAUCUGGCCAGGGUGAAUUGGUCGAAGCCAUUCUUCGCGAUGUCCAUAGCGCCCGAAUUCCUGGUGGAUCGGAAGACGUGAUGCUUGAUCUGUCUGUGCGUCAAUUGGUCAAGCUCUAUCAGGCCGAAGAGAAGAAGCUCUCACAGAGCGCCAAGAUUUGA